AUUUUAUUUCAUUAUGUUUUAAAUAUGUAUAUUUUGAAAUAAAUGAUGUGUUAAUGUACAUUACUUGUUUGAUCAAUACGACGUGCCUAUGGAAAUUUUCCCGAUGUCACUGUAAAAACUGACAAGGAAAUGGUGAAAAUCACAGAAGAAUUAAUUAGAAAAAAGGCCGAACACAACGAAGGGAUAAUAGGGACCUUGGAGGAGUUGUCCCUUCACCAGGAAGACGUUGAGCGGAUCGAAAACAUCAAUAAUUGGUGCAAGGAUAUUCAGAUAUUGUACCUCCAAGCGAACUUAAUCCCGAAAAUUGAAAAUCUGAACAAACUGAAGAAACUCGAAUACUUGAACUUGGCAAUAAACAACAUUGAAAAAAUCGAAAAUUUGGAGCGUUGCGAAUUUCUCGAAAAACUCGACUUGACGUUAAACUUUAUCGGAGAUUUGGAAAGUGUCUGCUCGCUACAAAACAACGUUCACUUGAAACACUUGUACUUAACCGGAAAUCCGUGUUGUGAUUACGAAGGAUAUCGCCAAUACGUAAUCGCCAAACUUCCUCAAUUGAUCACUUUAGACGGGACCGUAAUAACAAAAAGCGAGAAGAUAAAAGCCAAGCAGAAUAUUGUUUUAAUUGAAGACAAGAUAAAAGGAGAACAGGAGCGUUAUUUUUUGUUUCGAAAAGAACAGAAGAAGAGAAUUGAGGACGGGUAUGACCCAACAAUUGACGAUGAAGAAUUUUGGAAAAGUACGAGCGAAAAUUGUCCAGAGACAAGAGUGGAGAUCUCGCGCAGAACUCGAAAGUCAAAGGGACUUGACAAAGACGAAAUAACGGAGAAGAAACAAGUCCGGUUAUUUACCAAAGAAGGGAGACCUCUCAAUAUGAACCAAGCUAAACUAGAGUUUAAAUUUAACGAUGAAAACCCGGAAAAGUUUGUCCUUGAUCUCGCCGUUUACAAGUAUUUGGAUACGAACUUAAUUGAAAUUGACUUGCAACCAAUCUACGCAAGAAUUUUAAUUAAGGGAAAAGUGUUUCAAAUCGUUUUUCCGGAGGAAAUCCUUACUGAUAAGAGUACGGCAAAAAGGUCACAAACCACCGGGCAUUUGGUGCUGGAAUUACCUAAAGCUAACUACAAACCAUUAAAACGAAAAACAGUGAAGAAAACAUCGCCCCCGAAAGAAAGAAAAAAGGAAGUUUUGGAAGUGCCAGAAUACAAUGAAAUGGAUUUUAGCAAAAUUGUGGAGAAUUAUAACAAAAAGUGUUCAGAGCACCCAGAAGUGCCGCCUUUGGAGUAUGGAUAAACGUGGUCAAGUUAUUAUGUUUAUUUCUGCAAAAGCUUAUUUUUAUACACGUAAAUAAAUCGUUGCGAAUUCUACAAUAA